AUGGCGUGCUUCCUGUUACCCAAAACGGUCUGCAAGAAGAUUGUUUCCAUUAUGUCGGAAUUCUGGUGGAAAAACAAGCUGGAAAGCAGAGGUAUUUAUUGGAAGAGCUGGGAUCAUAUGUGUAAGCCGAAAGCAAAUGGGGGUUUAGGUUUCAAAGAUAUCGAGGCAUUUAAUCUAGCAUUGCUAGGGAAACAACUGUGGAGAAUGCUGUCUGUUAAGGACUCUCUGUUCACUCGAGUCUUCAAGAGCAGGUACUUUGCGAAGUCUGAUCCGCUGAGCGCAGGAUUAGGAUCGGGGCCAUUUUACGCUUGGCGAAGCAUCCAUGCAGCACAAAAGCUGAUUCAACAAGGGGCUCGAGUUUUGAUUGGCAGUGGAGAGGAUACAAAAGUAUUCCAAGAUUCAUGGAUCGGUCAGCAACCAGCAAGAAGAGCACAGGUGGUGAGGUGGAACAGACGGGACUCAAGACAAUACCUCUGCCACAAUCUAAGAGUAAGGGAGAUGUUGAUCAACCAGGGAAGAGAGUGGAACAUGGAGCUUUUGACAAGAAUUUUCCCAGAUGAUGAAGCGAGAAAUAUAUCAAAGAUCAGAACUUGUGGGAAUGGCAGUAAGGAUAUCUACAUCUGGGAUUACAACAAAAAAGGGUACUACACGGUCAAAUCUGGUUACUGGGUUCAAGUCAAUGUCCUUGAUAGAUAUGCAGCAGUGGAGAUUGAUUAA